GCCCUGAAGACGUUUCUGUUCGUUGUUUGAGUGGCGGCUUGAGUAUCUAUCUGGUCAAUAUAAUGUAUCAUCUGUGUUGUGCUAUUUAAACUAACGAUACCGAAUAAACACAGUAGUAUGCUGACCAUACAAAGACAAAAGGCCUAGUAGAAACACCAUGGAAGAGUCAGGAGGCAGGCCACGUUACCCUAAACAGGGAGGCCGGGAAAGGGUCGCGGUGGCAAACGAGGCAGAGGCCUGGAGGAACCAGGACUCUGGGAGAGGAUACAGCCCCAAGCCGGAGAGGGGUGGCCAGGGGAAGAGGGGAGGCCACGGUGGGUUCUACCGUGCCAGCCCCAAGAAGGGAGGGAUGGGGCCCCUCAGCAGUUCCCCUGGGGGGGCGGUGUUCAAGCGGGGGCAAAGCCCCUCUCAGAGGGAGGGUUUCCAGAGACCCAGGUACCCAGAGAGCCAGCAGGCAGAUGGCCUGGUUGAGGGCCGGGAGGAGAACUGGAGAGAGCGCCCCUCACAGCGCUGGAGGAGAACGUCUCAGGGAGAGGACCCAGGAGAGGACUGGGAGCAGGGACGGAGAGACAACGCUGACAACACAGCUCCCAGCUCAGGGGGGAAGAACUGUAGGAACCGUGACCGGAGGCGGGGUCUACGUGAGGAGGACCGUGGGCUGGUGGUGGACGAGUCAGCUCUGUCAACCCAAGAGCUGCUGGGACUGAAACGGGCGGAGGAGAAGAUCGGCAGAGAGGAGAUCUUCCGUCUGAAGAAGAGGUCCCGCAGUAACCCCAGUGCUGUCUACACCUGCUCUCUGUGUGAGGUCCUGCUGGACUCUGUCUCUGAAGCUCACAGACACAUCAAAGACAAGUGGCACAAGAGGAGAGCCAAGGAGCGUCGUGAGGAGGUGAUGUUGACGGAUCUCGUGCCCCCCGGAGCGGAGCAGGUGGUGGCGGUGGGUGUGGCUUUGGAGGGUGUGGUCAGAGAGAGAGGGAUGAGUGACCAGGAUGUAGAGAACAGACGACGGAUCGUCUCCAACAUGCAGGAAGUCCUGAUGUCCGUCCUGCCUGGUGAGAGAACGACCGGAGUAGACUGGAGGGGUAGAAGAGUUUAUCUUUACGCCGUCUGCAUACAUACUGUUUGUUGGGUUUGCUCCUUGCAGAACUUGGCUAGGUGA